AUGUCUCAGCGGAUGAGGCGCAACGGGUCCCCCACGCCGGCCGGCGCCCUCGGGGGCGGUGCGGUCGCCACGGCCGGGGGAGCCGGGAGCCGCCUGCAGCCCAUGAGGGCGACGGUUCCGUUCCAGCUGAAGCAGCAGCAGCCGCAGCAGCAACAUGGCAGCCCCACGCGGAGCGGCGGCGGCGGCGGCGGCGGCAACAACGGUGGCUGCCUCGGUGGCGCCUCAGGCCCCUCGGGCGGCGGGGGCCUGCGCACGGCCCCGCGCAGCACCAGCCCCACGCGCGGCGGCGGCGGCGGCGGCAGUGCGGCCGCGCGCACCAGCCCCACCGUGGCCACGCAGACCGGCGCGGCGGCCACCUCCACGCGAGGCACCAGCCCCACGCGCGGCGCCGCGCCCGCAGCCCGCGCGAGCCCCCCGCGCCCGCAGCCCCCGCCGCCGCUGCUGGGCACCGUCUCGUCGCCGAGCUCGUCGCCCACCCACCUGUGGACGGGCGAGGUGAGCGCGGCCCCACCCCCGGCCCGCGUCCGCCACCGGCGGCGCUCCCCGGAGCAGAGCCGCUGCUCCCCGGAGAGGCGGAGCCCCAGCGCCCCGGUCUGCAAGGCAGGUGACAAAACACGACCACCUUCCUCAAGCCCCUCUUCUAUUAUUCGCCGCACUUCCUCUCUGGAUACACUUGCUGCUCCAUACCUUGCAGGGCACUGGCCUCGUGAUAAUCAUGGUCAAACUGCUCCUUGCAUGAAAGACAAAGCUACACAGACAGAGGCUGCAUGGGCUGAAGAAUAUUAUGAAAAGAAGAAAGGGUCUCACAAGCGUUCAGCAUCCUGGGGCAGCACAGAUCAACUGAAGGAGAUUGCAAAAUUACGCCAGCAAUUGCAGAGAAGUAAGCAUAGCAGUCGACAUCAUCGAGAUAAAGAAAGACAGUCACCAUUCCAUGGCAACCAUUCAGCCAUUAACCAGAGUCAGGCUCCUAUUCCAAAGAGUACUCUUAUUCCAGUAAUUCCCAUCACCAAAUCAACAGGCUCCCGGUUCCGGAACAGUGUAGAAGGUUUGAAUCAGGAGAUUGAAAUAAUAAUUAAAGAGACAGGGGAAAAGGAAGAACAACUUAUACCACAAGACAUUCCAGAUGGCCAUCGUGCACCUCCUCCCCUUGUACAGAGAAGUAGCAGUACACGCAGCAUUGACACGCAGACCCCUGGGGGGGCCGACAGGGGGAGCAACAACAGCAGCCGUUCUCAGUCUGUGUCCCCCGCGUCAUUCCUCACCAUCUCCAAUGAAGGUAGCGAAGAGAGCCCUUGUUCAGCUGAUGACCUGCUCGUUGAUCCCAGGGAUAAAGAGAAUGGGAACAACUCCCCUUUGCCCAAAUAUGCAACUUCACCAAAACCCAACAACAGUUACAUGUUUAAAAGGGAACCUCCGGAGGGCUGUGAAAGGGUCAAAGUCUUUGAGGAAUGCUCGCCAAAGCAACUUCACGAAAUCCCAGCCUUUUACUGUCCUGACAAAAACAAGGUGAAUUUCAUUCCUAAAAGCGGUUCUGCUUUCUGCCUCGUCAGCAUCCUCAAGCCACUCCUUCCCACGCCAGAUCUUACCCUCAAGGGCUCUGGCCACAGUCUGACAGUCACCACUGGCAUGACGACCACUCUGCUGCAGCCCAUCGCCAUGGCCUCCCUGUCUGCAGAGCAAGACCGAGUCUCCCGAGGAACAAGUACAGUCAUGCCAUCGUCCUCUCUACUCUCCCCACCCGAUACAAUUGAGGAGGCUGAAGGGUAG